GCUCAGCGGAUAGCGGAUCACAACACAGACGACGUUCGACCGCUCAAAACUACGGUCCGUUCGCACGAUUUAUAUUCUAAAAAGAAUUAAUCUCUACGAAAUUGCACACGCGAUUCACACUGUGCAAAAGCGCAAACAAAAAAGAGUGAAGUUUCCUCCAUAUUUAUUGACGCAAGUGUUUGUGUGUGUGUGUGUUCUACCAUUUUUUUCGACUUAUUUAAUUUGCUGUGACUACUAGCAUGACAGAGAGUCGUUGUGCGCGAUAAACGAGCCACGCUUUUCUACGAUAGAAAUCGAAAGCUUAACUCUUCUGGACGGGAGUCGCUAUUGCGGCCCCAAAAAACAUUCGAGGUGGCGUGGGGUACGGCUGUGAUGGAGCUGCAGAGCUGGUUGCUCUAUCAUCUUGUGGCUGUGACCGACUGCAGUCAAGCUUGACUGAUUUUCGUUUGGUAUUCCUGGACCCAGCACACACGCCUUUGUUUAAUUUCUCAUUUCGUUAUCGCACACUCACAGAGCAGGAAACAGCGGUUUACCCAUGUUCGAUGUGAUGCAGUCCACGGCUGCAGGGGGCGGCGUAUUUCCGGCCGGAAGCACCGGAAGUCGCGCUCGAGACUUGGGUCUACGAGCUCAAAAAAAAUUGUUGGGUCGCGUCGUUUCUACGGGAGCAGGACGAUCGCUUUUCAUCGAUGAUGCCACCACUUCGCUUCUCGAUAAUCUUUUCAAGCUCAUGGAACGAGCGGCGAAAAGUAAUCCAACGCUCGCAAAAAAACAGCCGGAAAAAGUUCUCAAGAACAUCGUCAAACUUUCCAUCAAGAUUGGACUUUUGCAACGUAACCAACAAUUGACAGCAGCAGAUGAGCCGAGAAUAAUUGAAAUACGAGCAUCGCUGAGGGCCGCCGCGAUGGCAGUGGUCUCGUUUUACGAGCUCGAAUUCAGUUUUGAUAAGAUCUAUUUGACCAGAUCUCUGGAACGUUGUCGCAGCGCUAUACUUUCGCUGAUAAGGCACCAUUUGACUGACAAGUCGCAAGAUCGCUGCGAUCAAGUCUUCGAUUUUAUAACGAAUCCAGAAUUUUUGGACUGCAUAUUUAGACAAGAUUCCGAGCAUCGUGCUAAUCUUGGGCUUCUAGUCACCGAUAUAAACAAGGCUCUCGACGCGGGACAUCUCUGAAUUUCGCGUCAGAGCCAUCUUCGUUUUCGCUGAAAUCACAAUUGCUCAUCCAAUACGAGCGUCGCUCGUCAAGAGGCAAUAAUUUUAGAAUUAACGAUAACAAUCAUGUUCCCUCUCGCCUCUCAUGCCAUUUUACUUCUAUUUUCUCUCUGCGCGUUGUUAGUGAAACCUCUGCAGAAGGUACCACACACAACAAUUCCUUCUUUUCUCUUACACCCUUUUCUCUUCGCUUCCCUUCAAAAUUGUAUUUGUAAGUCUCGUUUAUUACUGCUCUCUCUCUCGAAUCGGGCUGUGCCCACUCGCUCAGGCAAUAAAUAUUCGACUUUAAUACUCCAUUUGACAUGAGCUUGACAGCGUUCAAAGACGGGAUUGAUUUUGAGCAUGAUUUUUCCCGAAAAUCAUAAAUAAAUCAAUGUAUUCGCUUGGAAUCCAAUCGUUCAAAUUUAGAGGCCUUAUAAACCCACGAGUGAGCCUCUUCUCUUUCGAGAUUCAUGCUCGCAGUUAUCCAGAGUAUUUCUCAAAAAAUACCCGAAUCGCUUGCAGUUGUGAGAAGCUAAUCGAAAUUGUCAGUUACCAUAAUCGACUCUUCCACUUGUCAUCCCAACGGGACCAAAUCCGUUCCCUUGUGUCGAAUUCUCCUUUCGUCCAUGUUUCAACGCUGUCAAGACAAAGCACAAACAUUAUUGCACGGGAUGGGAGGGGAUGCGUAACAAACAAGUAAAUGGGUGAGAACGUUGACAAACAAAAUCAGAUGAAAUUGACAAAAAGGAAUGGUUGACACAUAGGAACGUGGCAGAUGUACGUUAAAUGGGACAUCAAAUAGUUCGAGCAUCAAAAUUUCAGUCUCGCAGAAUGAAAAGAAUUGAGAUGCCUAAAAAAACAAAGCGAUUAUUGACAGCUUUAGGAUCUAUUUUUCUCUAAAAAAUCGACUCGGCAUCGAGAUUGUCAAUGAGAAUCGGAGCAACCCGGAGCUACCAAUAUCGAUAUGUAUAGUUUUAGCAAUAUUGAUAUUUAUUAACAAAACAUGACGGAAACCAAAAAAUAAGACAAAAAAAACAUUUGCCACAGAUUCGUUUGUACGAUACGAGAUGUAAGCUCCGUACAGGCGAUCUGUGAUAUUAAUCGAAACCAAAAAAAAGAGCAAAAACAAAAAAGCAAAUCGUUGUUAAAAAAAAGAAAGCUCGGUACGUCUAAUCACCAAAAAUCACUGUAUGCAUGUAAAUACACGUUAAAAAGAACGGAACGAAAACAAAAAACCAUAUAGCAAUUGUUUUCGUCUAUCGAGUUAGACUCAAAGAUAUUUUAAUUCCUCACUUCGGAAGCCAUUUUUUUCUAUAACGGUCAAUUUUUUUGUACACGUUAUAUAUACAAAUACCUUUACACUGUAUUGAAAAAUAGUAAUAAUGAUAAUUGAAUGUGAUGUACGAUCAUAUCGAUAUACAAAUAAAUUAUUUAUAAACGAAAUGAA